AUGGUCAGCCAGUCACAGCCACCGUCCACGACAGUGGGAGCGUCUUCUUCAUGGACGACAGAUCCUACACCCGAAUGGUUACUGAAGUUGAUGACCAAAAAGAAGGGAGCUGAGCUGAAGAAGAUCAUAGAGAAGGAACUGCGUGCAACCGAUGUUAGCCGAGGUCACGACCGUCUCUCAAUGCCUUGCAGUAACAUCACUGACUUGGAGUUUUUGAGCUCCACGGAAGAGAGGAUCAUAGAAGACGACGAGGGGAAGAAACGCAAGACUGGAGUUGACGCGAAACUCGUGGUGAAACUUGCGGAUUUUGAUGUUUUAAAGGAGUUUGAUGUGAAUUUGAGGAGAUGGAAGAUGGCUAAGAAGAAGAAACGAGGGAGCCACACUUUUGUUUACAAUUUGAUUAGGUGGAAGCAAGUGUUCGAAGGUGAAGGCUCAUGCGGUCUAAAGAAGAGCGAUAAGAUUCGCCUGUGGUCUUUUCACUCUGAUGGCAAGCUCUAUUUUGCUCUCGCUACUCUUUCCCCUCCACCUCCUCCGUCUAGUGAUUCUGGAGAUGCUAAGCUUGAGGUGAUAGGCUCUCUGCUUCAGUGA